UGCGGUGGGAAAAGGACGGUCGCGCAGCAUGUUGGGAAGGGGGCCCAGCCCUUUUCCCAGACUUGCAGCCCGGCCGGGAGAACGCGGUCUCCAGACUACAGUUCCCAGUGGGCUGUGCGCGAGAAGGCGGGCGAGUUCUUCUGCCGGAAGUCCGCUCUCGUCCCGGGUCCCCGAACUGCUGUGGGAGCCGGAGCUGCCAAGUAGCCGCGGGACCUGGGCCGCUGGGGUCCGGACGGGGGUCGCCAUGAUCCGCUUCAUCCUCAUCCAGAACCGGGCGGGCAAGACGCGCCUGGCCAAGUGGUACAUGCAGUUCGACGACGAUGAGAAACAGAAGCUGAUCGAGGAGGUGCACGCCGUGGUCACCGUCCGAGACGCCAAACACACCAACUUUGUGGAGUUCCGGAACUUCAAGAUCAUCUACCGCCGCUACGCCGGCCUCUACUUCUGCAUCUGCGUGGACGUCAAUGACAACAACCUGGCCUACCUGGAGGCCAUCCACAACUUCGUGGAGGUCUUAAACGAGUAUUUCCACAACGUUUGUGAACUGGACCUGGUGUUCAAUUUCUACAAGGUUUACACGGUCGUGGACGAGAUGUUCCUGGCCGGCGAGAUCCGCGAGACCAGCCAGACGAAGGUGCUGAAGCAGCUGCUGAUGCUGCAGAGCCUGGAGUGAGGGCGCCCCCCCACCCCCCGCCCCGCUCGCCCCCUGUCCCAGCCGGGGCCACCGCGGUGCCCUCCCUCAGCGGCCCGGGAGGAACCCCCCGCCCCCGGAGGAGACGCACCCCACUGCCUCUGGGCCCCGCUGUGGGCGGAGGCCUCCUCGCGUGUUCCGAGUGACUGUGCUGUUGUCGUGUGACGCCGUGAGUGCGCGUGUGGAGCCGCCAAUAAACCGUGGUCCGCCCGG